CAGAAAUCCCGCAAGCCGAAGGCCAGCACCCCCGCCAGCCACAGCGAGGCCAUCGCCGAGGCCACCGACGUCCCCAGCAGCGCCGCUGCCGUCACCCGUCCCGGGACCCUCAGGGACCCCCCCCACGGGCCUCCCCGGCGCGUCCACCAUGGCCCGACACGCCUCGACACGCCUCGACACGCCUGGACACGCCGCUGCCCUCCUGCUCCUGCUCCUGGCCCACGCUGAAAUUUUAAGCGGAGACACUCCUGCAGGCGCAGAGCCCGAGUGCGGACGUCAGCGGGAGCUGGGCCGCGUGGUGGGGGGCACGGCCGCCCGCCCCGGAGAGUGGCCUUGGCAGGUCAGCCUCCAGCUGCGCGGCGAGCACUUCUGCGGGGGCACCCUCGUCACCCCGCAGUGGGUCCUCUCAGCUGCCCACUGCUUCCAGGGGCCCAACGGGAGCCGGGCAGAGCCCAGAGAAUGGCGGGCAGUGGUGGGCCGGCUCCGGCUGGAGGAGACAGGAGGCCAGGAGAGGACGGUGGUGGAAGUGGUGGUCCACGAAGGCUACCGACGGGUGGAGGGAGGCCAUGACCUGGCGUUGGCCCGCCUGGAGUCCCCCGUCACCCUCGGAUCCCGCGUGGGGACCAUCUGCCUGCCCCAGGCCAACCACCCCUUCGCCUUCGGCACGCCGUGUUGGAUCACCGGAUGGGGCCACGUGGCCGAGAACGUGUCCCUGCCGGCAGGUUCCCCCCUCCAGAAGGUGGCCUUGGACCUGCUGAGCCGCAAGACCUGCAACUGCCUCUACUCCAACCUCCGGAACCGGGAGCUGGCACGGCCGGCACGGCACGGCAUGGUCUGCGCCGGCGGGCAGGAGGGCGGCCGCGGCGCCUGUCAGGCAGACUCGGGGGGCCCGCUGGCCUGCGGGGGUCCUGGGGGGCAGUGGGUGCAGGCUGGGGUGCUGAGCUUCGCCGUGGGUUGCGCCCGCCCCAACGGGCCGGUGCUGGCCACGGGGCUGGUGGCCCACGCUGGCUGGCUGAGGCGACGUCUGCCCCCCACCGUUUUCGCCCCCCCGGGACCCCCCCCACCUCCCGGUUUGGAAGACGGCAAGUGCCUGGGCUGCGGGAUGCAGGGGGGUCCGCAACUGGACGCCCCCCCCGGCCCUUCUUGGCCCUGGGCUGUUAGCCUGCGGCUACGGGGGGAGCACCGCUGCGGGGGGGCACUGGUGGCCGAGAGCUGGGUGCUGACGGCCGCCCACUGCUUCAUAGGGCAGCAGGCAGCGGAAGCUUGGGAAGCGGUGGCGGCGGGGGACACAAGGCGGAAAGGCGCCCGGUUGCACCUCCACGGAGCCUACGUGGAACCGGGGGGGGGCCGGGACCUGGCCCUGUUGCGGUUGGAGACCCCCCUGCCCCUGGGGCCGACGCUGCGGCCCCUCUGCCUGCCCUACAGCGAGCAUCAACGGCCCCCCGGCACCCGCUGCUGGGCGCUGCUGGCCCCCAACGGCUCGUCCAUCCCCGAGAAGCUGGUCAACGUGGAGGUGACGCUCUCCGAGUCCUGCGGGACACGGGGGGACCUCAGAGAUGAUGAGGGGGUCCUGUCCCCCCCUGACACCUUCUGCAUCACCGUCCCCGAGGGCACCAGCGCCUGCCAGCCGGACGGGGGGUCCGCCCUGGUCUGCGAGGAACGGGGGAUCUGGUUCCUGAUGGGAACAGCCACCGUGGGGGGCUGCGCCCAAGGGGGGCCCCCCCUUUUCACCGCCGCCCCCCACUACGAGCGCUGGAUCGCCGGCAUCACCCGCGAGGCCUAUUUCGCCGAGACCCCCCCGGACCCCCGCGAGGAGGAGGAGGAGGAGGAAGAAAAGGAGCCCACGGAGGACCCAGGUGCCCGGGAGCACCCCAAACCCACGGAGAACCCGGGCUUCGGGGGGGGCCCCAACACCUGGAGGCGAGCCCAGGUCCCCGAGGGUACCGACGUCCGGGGGUACCCCGAAUCCUGGGGGGACCCCGAGAUUUGGGAGAGCUCUGGCAAGGCCUGACGCCCGCUUC